UCUUCUCAUUGCACAGCACAUCUCCUAUCACCAUGUCCUACAACUGCUGCUCUGGAAACUUCUCCCAGUCCCUUGGGGGAUACCUGCGCUACCCAGGAUCCUUCUGUGGUUCAUCCUACCCCAGCAACCUGUUCUGCAGCACUAACCUCCGCUCGCCCAGCACCUGCCAGCUGGGUUCCUCCCUCUACAGUGGCUGCCAGGAGAACUUCUGUGAGCCCACCAGCUGCCGGACGUCCUACCUGGUGUCCAGACCUUGCCAGACAUCCUGCUUCCCCUCGAGGACCUCCACAUUCUUCAGUCCCUGCCAGACGACUCUCACUGAGUCUCUGGGCUUUGGCUCCAGCGGCUUUCAAUCUUUUGGUUGUGGCUCUCCCUCUCUGGGCUUUGGAUUGGGUGGUUUCCAAUCAGUGGCCUGUGGUCCCAGUGCUUUUUCAUCUCUGGGUUGUAGAUCCAGCUUUUAUCGUCCACUCCACUUCUCUUCUAGAAGCUGCCAGUCUGCUUUCUACCAACCAACCUGUGGAUCUGGCUUUUACUAAUCUUACGUUUGAACAUAUCAUUAGCUUGCAAAUACCUACUGUGUCCAGUAAUUUACCACAAUACCAACUAUGUCAGGAUCCAUGCUAUCCGUUGAUCUCUGUCCUAUCAUUAGCUUACAAAUUUGACUUGUACUGUUACCUACUAUGGCUUAGAAAUGAUUUGAAUUCUGGUAAUUGGAAAAUACAUUCACUGAAGAAAGAUGCCGAAACAGCUUUCUUGUAGUUAUAUAGAGAUGUAAUAUUGAAACAUAUUUCUUUCUUAAUAUCUUUCUUACUAUCUCCUGGUUAUUUCUCCUAGUGCAUUUGUUUCAAAUUUUACAAAAUGGAAAAAUGUAAGUUUAAAUAAAAAUAU